AUGGCGCAAAGCAAGAGAAGACAGCCCACGGAUGUAGCUUUACGCAGCGCAAACAUGAGCCAAGAUCAAGACGGGAUCUCCCUCACGGUGCCCAGCCUUGGAGAGGGUCAGUGCCAGGAGCGCGUAGGCGGGGGCGCGAGUGGAGGCGCCGUGGAGGACCCAGAGGAGACCGCGGGGGGUUCGGUUCCUGCUGCUGGAAGUUUUUGGCAAGACCCUUCAGCGACCAGCACCGGAGGAGGAGGAGGAGGCACGGGUCCCGGUCUGUGUCCGCUGGAGACCGGGGGCUUGUUGACCGCGGGGAGGAGCGGGAAUAAGAGGCCGGUCACGGUGGCCUACGUGGUGAACAGUGAGGCGAACUUGCAGAACAGCGCGGAGGUCCUGGCGCUGCAGUGUCUGAGGGACGCGUGUGAGGCCGUGGGCAGCAAACUGGACUCGGUCAACUUUGGGAAACUGGACUUUGGGGAAACCACGGAGUUGGACCGGUUUUACAACGCAGGUGGGUGA